UGGCUGUACCCUGAGCAGUUUUGCACAACCCAGUGGCUGGUCUUCCCUAUCAGAGGGAAAGAGACGAACUGGCCACCAUGGCGACACCCCUCUCUCAACCCUUAAGGCGUCUUCCUCUCUUGCGCCAGGCCAUCAAGAUAAGGCGCCAGAAGGCCAAAGGUCUUUUGCUUGAAACCCUCCCUCAAACUAACCAAGAGAUGGAGACUCCAUCUCAUCACUUCUCCCCAGAGGAGCAGGCUCUCCUUUAUGAGGAAGCCCUCUAUACGGUCCUGCACCGGCUAGGCCAACCUGAGCCUAAACAUGUAGCAGAAGCGUCUGAGCUAUUGAGCUAUCUACAGGAGGCCUUUCACAUGAAGCCUGAGGUACAUCAACAGCUGCUCCAAAAGGUUCAGGAUCUUGAGAAGCCCCUGUUUUGCCUGAAAGUGACGGUAAAGCGGGCCAAAGGCAUUCUUGGAAAGGAUGUCAGUGGGUACAGUGACCCCUACUGCCUUCUGGGCAUUAUCGAGCAGGGGGUGAACGUGUCAGAGGACAGCCCAGGGCAUCGGCGACGGCAGAAGGCAGUCGUGAAGAACACAAUCCCUGAAGACCAGACCCAUCGGACUCAGGUCAUCAGCCAGACCCUCAACCCUGAGUGGGAUGAGACUUUUUUCCUGGAAUUUGAGGAUAUAACCACUGCCAGUUUCCAUUUGGACAUGUGGGAUGCAGACCAGGUGGAGUCUGUGAGGCAGAAAUUGGGGGAGCUGACGGAUUUGCACGGCCUCCGGAGGAUCUUCAAGGAAGCACGAAAGGACAAGGGACAGGAUGAUUUCUUGGGGAAUGUGGUCCUGAGGCUGCAGGACCUACGCUGCCGGGAGGAUCAAUGGUACCCACUGGAACCACGAACAGAGACCUACCCGGAUCGAGGGCAGUGCCACCUGCAAUUUCUGCUCAUUCAUAAGCGGAGAGCCACCACUACCAGCCGUACCCAUCCCAGCUACACCGUGCACCGCCACCUUCUUCAGCAGUUGGUGUCUCACGAAGUCACUCAGCACCAGGCUGGUAGCACUUCUUGGGAUGGAGAGCUGAGCCCCCAGGCCUCCACCAUUCUCUUCCUCCAUGCCACGCAGAAAGACCUAUCUGAAUUCCACCAGUCUAUGGCGCAGUGGCUGGCCUAUAGCCGACUCUACCAGAGUCUGGAGUUUCCGGGGAGCUGCCUGCUACACCCCAUCACUGCUAUGGAGUAUCAGUGGAUACAGGGAAGGCUAAAACCAGAGCAGCGGGAGGAACUGGCUGCCUCUUUCAACUCCCUAUUGACCUAUGGACUCUCCUUGAUCCGGAGGUUCCGAUCUGUAUUCCCCCUCUCAGCCUCUGGCUCCCCGGCUCGUCUGCAGUCUGUCCUCAGGGUCCUGAUACAAAUGUGUAAGAUGAAGGCAUUUGCGGAGCUGUGCCCUAAUGGGGCACCCUUGUCUUCUCUGGUGACUGAGGUGCUGCGGACAGGCACCCUCGAGUGGUUCCAUCUGAAGCAGCAGCACCAUCAACCCAUGGUCCAGGACAUGCAAGAAAUGUCUAAGUCUGUAUUGAGCCUGGUUCUAGAUGUCAGCGGGGAUCUGCAUCAGUGCCAGAGAACCUGGAACAAAAUCUUUAACAACACACUGAAGAUUGACUUUUUCUCCAUGGCUUUCUUGGAGCUGCAGAAGCUUGUGGCCCAGAGGGUAAAGGAACACAUGGCGAUGGUGGGUAGCGUCGUGUCCCCAGAGAUGGGGGAGAGCUUAUUCCAGCUCUAUCUUAGCCUCAAGGAGCUCUAUCAGCUGGUCCCCCCUCCUUCUGAGAGGGAUGGGGCCCUGGAUCUGGACGGCUUCCACAAAUGGUUCCUCCCGGCCAUUCCUGCCUGGCUGCUGAAGACCUACAGCGUGGCGUUGGCUCGGCUCCAGCGGGCAGUGCAGAUGGACCAGCUGGUCCCUCUGGGUGAGCUGAUCAAACACAGCACGUCCGCUGUGGAUCUGUCCACGUGCUUUGCCCAAAUUAGCCACACUGCCCAACAGCUAGACUGGCCGGACCCCGAGGUGGCCUUCAUGAUCACAGUCAAGUUUGUCGAGGACACCUGUAAGCUGGCUCUGGUGUACUGUAGCCUAAUCAAAGCUCGAGCCAAGGAACUCUCUGCCAACCAGAAAGACCAGGAACAGGCAGCUAAUAUGCUGUGCGUGGUGGUGAAUAACAUGGAACAGCUUCGGCUGGUGGUACUGAAACUCCCGACCCAACUGGCAUGGAAAGACCUGGAACAGUGGGCAGGGGCCAUCUUAGAGCCAGAACAGCUACAGCAUACACUACACGCCCAGCUGCAGGGUGCCCUGGCUGGACUGGACCAUGAGAUCCGAAGUGGUGUUCGGACGCUGGCUGAGCAGUUGGAGGCUGGCAUUUCUAGACACAUUCAGAAAAUUGUGGGUACCAGUAAAACCACCGUGCCUGAAGAUGCCAUCCUACCUCUGAUGAAGUUCUUAGAGUCGGAGCUUCAUUACAUGAACAGGAACUUGGUGCAGGAAAACUUUAACAGUCUCCUGUCACUGCUCUGGACUCACACCCUCAGCGUGCUCACCCAGACAGCGGCGGCCCAGAAGAGUUCACUGCUUACCUCCCAGAAGCUGAAGACUGCCCUGCAGAACCUAGAGCUAUGUUUCUACGGUGAGGGUUGUGGCCUGUCCUCAGAAGCCCUUCACACACCUUCCUUGCAGGAUCUUCAGAGGAAGUUGGAACUGCAGGCAUCCACCAGUCAGGAACUCAUUCAAAGAUAUUUCAACAACCGCAUCCAGCAACAGGUGGAUACCACAUCAGAGGAGUUUGGGGCCAUCACCAUCAAGGCCUCCUACAGACUCUCAGAACAGAAGCUCCGGAUUGAGGUGCUCAGCGCCUCCAACCUGCUACCCCUGGAUUCCAACGGCACCAGUGAUCCCUUUGUUCAGCUGACCCUGGAGCCACGACAUGAGUUUGCAGAAGUGGCCCCUCGGGAGACACAGAAAUUCAAAAAGGAUCUGCACCCUCUGUUUGAUGAAGCCUUUGAGUUCUUGGUGUCUCCAGAGUCAUGCCAGAAGGAAGGAAGUUGCCUCUUGUUCACUGUGCUAGACCAUGACCGGCUGGGGACUGAUGACCUGGAGGGAGAGGCCUUCCUCCCUCUCAACACUGUCCUGGGGCUCUCUGGGGACCAUAAUCCUGGCCAGGUGCCUCAGACACGUUUGCCUCUCACCUACCCUGCCUCUAAUGGAGACCCUAUCCUGCAGCUGCUGGACAUCAGGAAGGGUGAUCGGGAAGCUCAGGCUUUUGUUAAACUCCGAAGGCAGCGUGCCAAACAGGCUGAGCGUUUGGGGCAGUAAAAGUGGAAGGGAUCUGCAUGGGCCCAGGGGAUGAAUUAGGUCUGGGAUCUUCCCUUCAUCUCCUACCAGAACAAAUACUCCUAACCUGCCCAGCCCAGCACCCCUAAGCUCCUCAGUGAUUAAGGGUUGACCCUUUAAGGGUUCAGAAUGGCACAGUCUAGAGUCCACUGUGGUAACGACUACAAGGGGUAUGUAUGUGUAGAACAAAAACCCCGCUGGGGAUCCUCAGUCAGACCAUUAUGCCCCUACUACAUCCUGGUUUUUUCCUCUAGGGUCCCUAGGAGGAAGGAGUAACAACUGUCCUCUGCUCUCCAGCUCAGACACAUUCUUCAAAACCAGGGAAACACUCUGGGAUGGACAUGGGGAGGGGAAAGACACAAGUCUGUACUAGCUUCUUCCUUCUCACAGAAAAUAUCAUUCUGUUUGAACAGUUCCAACAGUCAUGGUCAGAGUCAAGGAAUGUCAGAGCCAGGAGGUGCCUCAGGAACCCAUCUAAUCCAAUCUCUUCAUUUUAUAGAGAAGGAAGCAGGCUCAGAAAAAGGUGACUGGCCCAUAGUAAAUGGCAGAGACCAAGCCUCCUCCUACCUGCUCAGUCCCUGAAGUACAGGAGACAGAGGCCUCAUCAGUCUCAGGUUCCCUGGACCUCUGCUCCCUUGUGCCCAGUGGAUUUGGAAGGGGGAUUGACAGUUGGGGGGAGUAGGAUGCUGCUUUGGUGACACACUGGGACCAACCCUGAGCAACAGAACAGGGAAGAGAGGGCUGGGACCCAAGCCCUAUCUCUUGGGUUCAGUGAGUGGACGGGUCUCUGGUUGUGAUGAGCUACCAGGGAUUCCUAAUCUCCUGAAAGCUCCUGAACCCUACAGCCAGAGUCAGGAGAGUAAUGGGAACUCAGGAGCUGAUUGACAGGCCAUCAACUUAGGAGUCAAAGCCCUCCUUCCCUCCCCCAGCACUGAUUUUUCUUUCUUAGUGAAACAAUAGAAAUAUAUUGUUCUCCUAGAAAAUCCAUUGUGUUCUCUGUAGUUUGACCCAUUUGGCCACAGUUGGGCUCAGGCCACAUGGUAAGGAGCCCAGCCUGGCCACCCACCUACCCUCCUCUGAGUUCAUCACAAAGCUAUUCUUCCCUCCCCACUGCUAUGGUGGGCCUGUGGCUGGUUAGAGAAUGGAGGUGGAGAAGAGUAGUUCUGUAGUCUCACUGUAUUUGUCUGGGUAGGGCAUUGUUUCUGUGAUCAUUUGCUUUUAGAAAAAACAAACUUUAUCAGGUAAUUUAAUAGAAACAUCUGUCUUACUGCUCCGGGAUUUCUAGAUGGAAACACUGUGCUUUGGGAUGUCUGCCUUUAUAGGCAUGGGCUUAAAAUUGUGGUCACUGGGUUUGAAGGCUGUGAGUGUGUUCAACAUAAGUGGAGCGGGGCCUACUGCCCAGCUGGGUGUCUCUUGGCAGAGCUAUGCCUCAGAUUACCCAAGCGUAGGGCCCUUGCCACAAGAAAGCGUCCACAUAAGUACUCCCAUUAAUAGCCACAUGAAACCCAGGAGAGUCGUCCUGGCCUCAGCUGGGUUAUUGGGUCUCAAAGAUGUCUAUGUCUAGUUGGGAGAAGGGAGGAAACGUGUCCCUUGCUCUGCUCUAACUCUAAUCCCAUGGAGUGCUGCAUGCUGGACGCUGAUGAACAUGUGGCUCAAAGCUGAAGCAGUCAUUGGCUGUGUUAGGGAUUGGCCACUGAAGCCAGAAGUAACCCACUCAGUAGACCUUAAAGGGAAUGACUUCACUCUCUGCCUUGGCCUCGGGCUGCCUCUUCCUUUCCCAAGUAGGAGCAAUAUCGAGUUAAACAUUCCCAUACUUGAAGGCAACCACGUGAGUUUUAAGAACUCCUGGGUCCUCAGCUGGUGAGAGCUGCACUUUGGUAGAAGUCCCUAGCAAAUGUUCCAGGACUUUUUUGAAGGAUGGCCAUUACUUCAGUAGCCUAGCCCAGGCCUGGCUUGCCAGAAGGCAGGGACCUAGAGGGAUUCACUUAUUGGGGCAAUGCAGAGUUGUGAAGAGGCAAAGCAUUUCAGCAUCCCACAAAUGCCUCAUAUUUUGAUGUUUUAAGUAUCAGCCUCUGAGGAGAGUUUAACAGUAGAUAUAAGUUAUUACUGCUGCUUAAGUCUUUGUUAAUGAGUACUCGUGAAUCUCUUGUGUUGUCUACCUUUUUUGUGGCAAAAUAAAUAACUGUCCCAUACCUGCUUCUUACCCUGUACACUGAGCUUUCCUACUCUCCUUUUUUGGGAAGAUAGGAACCAAACCUAGGAUUUAAGUAAAUUUCUGGGUUGGGAGAAUAAAGAACCGGAGAGUACAAGAAAGGCUGA